AUGCGCGUGACAGCGGUCAAGAGUACGCAUGGAAUGAAGAGGUUUGGCCCAUUAUCAGAAAUGUGCAGACGCGAACUAUCCACUGAAACCUCUCAAGACGUGAUCGGUUUCCCGUGGAAGGCUGCCGUUCUCAUGUUUGUUGGAAUUCCCUUUUCGGUAUAUCUUUAUAAGAACAAGUUAAUAUAUAUGCCAUUCUUCCCGUUGGGAAGUCGAAAAAUGUCAUUUGACGAAGUAUUGAUUGACAAUCGAUUGGUAUGCCAAAAGGUCGUUGUGGAUACUGAAGACAAACAUAAAUUAUUCGGGAUCAUGGUAAAGCGUAAGUCUUCGAGUGAACGCGGUGAACUAGAUCCAAUCUUAAUUUACUUCCAAGGGUAA